CAAGACUCCUUCGCGUUCAUCCAUACUCCCUAUCGUGACGCUAGUCGACAGAACAAGGCAAACCAUCUCACCUAAUCGACCCCUCUUACACUACAGCCUCCAGGCACGACAUAAGAUGGUUGCAACCGGCCCUCUCUCCGGCCCUCUAUUCUCACCAGACCUGAUUGGAACUGAUGUUGUAACAUCAUUCCCUGAAGGUUACACUAUCCGACCAUUGGAACGAGGGGAUUAUGCAAAGGGAUUCCUUGACUGCCUCGGCGUACUGUCUGAUGUAGGGGACGUGUCCCAAGGUCGCUUCGAGGAGAGGUUCGAUUGGAUGAAGACACAGGGCCAAGGGGUGCAUUACCACGUGGUUAUUGAGCAUGAGAACCGAGUUGUCGGAACCGGUGCCAUUAUCGUAGAGAGAAAGUUUAUUCACAAUCUUGGGUUAAUUGGACAUAUCGAGGAAAUCGCGAUUAGAAAGGAUUUCCAAGGCAAAGGCCUUGGACUGAAGUUACUGGCCAGUCUGUCGUCUAUUGCAAAGAAUGUCGGGUGUUACAAGACGACUCUGGGGACCAGUCCGGAGAACGAGCCGUUCUAUGUCAAAUGUGGCUACAACAAGUCGGGCAACAUCAUGAACCAGUACUUCGAAGAGCCCAAGGAACCCUAUUAUCGGGGAUAAGCCCGAUAAAACAUCAUUUUCAAUAGUCGUAGCUACCCCGAAUCGAUAUUGAUGGUGAUCUCGACUUAAACGAGCUAGACUAAACCCUUGUUAGUG